GUCAGGAAUUUAUGCGUACUAUUUUACAAAAAUCUAUGACGUUGCAUAAAUUGCUGUUAAUACGUUUUACACACGACACCAUCUUCUCGAAGUUAGUAAACAUCCCAUCUUUAAAGAUGGUGAGACCAGUAAAAAGAAGACAUUCCUCUGUAGUGAAAGCCAAAGCCUUAGUUCAUGCUAUUCGUUACAUUCGACAACAAAAACAGAUUCCUAACCUUGAUCGAAUCCAAAAGUACAUGAUCCGUGUGUAUGACACAAAACCAGCGGAGACAGAAAAACAGCUACAAUAUACAUGUAAAGAUGGACUUAUAAUCGCCUAUACAACAUUGGGUAAAAAAGGAAACAAGACUGGAAUAGAGCAGGAGGGAUAUAGGAUUCCAGAUGAGGGGGAACUAGUGAAAGGGGACCAUGAUUGGUACUGUUUUGGCUGCCACAAUGUAGGAGAAGUGCUACCUUGUUCAGAUUGCUGGAGAGUAUUCCAUCCAAGCUGUACCAAAGAAGAAUGGACUGGACCAACAUUUACUUGUACUAUAUGCAGGGCUGGAAGAGUAAGAAAGUUAAAAAGAAAGAUGCUAAACACACUGCUGAGUUAUACUGUUAUGAGAAUGAAAGAAAAGACAAGAGAACUACACAAGAUAGGCCACAGAGAAGAAGAAGUGAAUUACUCUGAAUUCUUUGUCUUUAAACAUAGUGACUUAAAUACAAUAGAAAAUAAAGUCAAUAAUCACAAAUAUAGAAGUCUGGAAGAAUUCCUGGCAGACACACAACUUAUAUAUCACAAUACACACUUAAUAUAUGGAGAUGAAUACAAAGGUGGCAUUGCUGAAUUGGCAAGAAUAAUGGCAAAAGAUUGUGAACAUGAGGUGGAAGAAAUUAAGCAGUGCCGGAGCUGUUAUUACCUGUCUAAUGCCAAGCCAGAUAAUUGGUUCUGCCAGCCUUGUGACCCACCACAUGAACUUGUAUAUGCAAAACUGAAAGGUUACAGUUACUGGCCUGCCAAGAUCAUAAGGAGACUCGGUGACCGGUGUGAUGUCAGAUUCUUUGGUGGAUUUCAUCAAAGAUCUCUUUUACCUAAAGAAUCAAUAAAACCAGUAGAUAUCAAUAUUCAGAAACUAGUCACAAAAAGAACGGCAGGUUUUAAUAAAGCUUGUGAUGAGCUAAAAAGAUACCAGGAAAAUCUAGCAAAUCUUCCUUCACAAAACGAUGAUGAAGAUGAUGACAAAGAAGAGUCAGAGGCAAGUAAUGAGAAAGAGGAAGUAGAAUCAGAGGCUAGCAAGGAGAAAGAUGACCCCUAUGAUUUUGAUUCUGAAAUGGCAGCUAAUAAUGAAACUGUGUCGUCUGAUAAGGAUGAUUCUGAUGGUGAGGCUGAUAAAGAUAAGAAAGAAGUGGAGAAUAGUGCUUUAGAAGUCAGCUCCACCAGUAGUCCCCCAAAGAAAAGGCCGUGUCUCAAGGUUAAUGCUGCAGAGGAUAUUGUGACCUCUAGUGAGGACAAAGUGCAAGCAGUUCCUAAAGUCCCUACUGUUACUAUGGCAACACAAACCAUUAAAAAGUCCAUUAAACAACAACAUUCCCAGACAGAUUCCUCUACUAAAUGUAACUGUGAGGAAAAAUUCAACAAAAAGAUGAAGGAAUACCAGGAUAAAGUAGAAAAAGAACAUGAAGCCAACACAGAUAAAGCUCUCAAAGAACUGUCUGAUAGGUUACUGAAAGAUUUUGAAGAGGAUAAACAGCAGGCUGUUUCCAGGGCAACGUCGAGUAUGGUACGGGAAAUAGAGAAAACAAAACGACAAACAGAAGAAAAAUGUAAAACUGAGAUACUUGAUGAAAUGAAGAAAUUACAGCAAAAACACAAAGAAGCCAUUUCACAGACAAAAAAGAAACAAUGGUGUUAUAAUUGUGAAGAAGAGGCUAUGUAUCACUGUUGCUGGAACACAUCUUACUGUAGUGUAAAAUGUCAACAAGAACAUUGGCAUAAAGAACACAAGCGUGUAUGUCGUCGGAAACGUUAAACACUUAUUAUUUUCAUGUAAGACUGACAUUUUUCAUUUGUCUGACAUUUUUUCAUACAACCAUCAAUAUCAGUGUAAUAGAUUUAUUACAACAUUGACUGUCAUAUACAAGAUGUGUAUAAUUUAUUAGUCAGCAGCUAGAAUGUCAUCGAAACCAUAAAACAUUUAAUAUUUCAAUGUCAUAUAACUCACUUAAAUGUAUGCUUUCCUCUAAUUAUUGUGAUUAGCCUGUUGAUCAGAUGCUUUUACUAAUUAUUUUUACUCAUUUUGAAAUAAAUGAGGUCUAUGCUUAUAUAACCUCAUGUGAUGUUUUUUGCUGCAUAAAUUUUUAUAUGAAUUUAGAUAAAUAUGUUUUUACACUGUAGAACAGACUUUUUGAAUUGGACUAAAAUUUCAGAAGCUGAAAACAAUUGGCUGGACCCUAAAUUAUGUUUACCAUGUGAUGAAUAUUAACAAAAUAUUGGUUCUUCUUCUGAUUUUGUUCAUUUCUGAGUAAAUAAGUCUGUAAUGCAUUGGACACACCAUUAACAGUUAAAGUAGUCCUUUACUUUCCUUAUGCUAUUACUCAUGUAUCUCACCCUCAAAUAAAGGUGGAGCCCUCUUAGUCCCUAAUUUGACAUUAUUUGAAAUUUGAAAAGGUUUUUUGUGAGCAUGCUAUCCCUUGUGGUGCAUUUUUACAUAAAUCUUCAAUCUACUUCCUGUUAAUCAAAUGAUUAUACAUUCUUAUAGAUAAUAUGCAUGUAUGAAAUUUUUAUCUUAUUUUUCUUGAAACUUUAAAUAAGAGCCCCCUGAUAUUUGGUUUCAAGUUUUAUAUGAGAAUGCUAUACUGUUUGAAAUGCUUUAUAUCCAUUGCAAAUCAAUUCUCAAAUACUUGUAGCAAGGAUACCAUAAACAUGUGAAUCAUUAUAGCCAUAACUGAUCUCCUGGAGAGACUCAUCUCAUUUAUAAUCUAUUUCAUUCACUGCAGUUCUCUUUCAUUGUUCAUUUUCAAAUUUUUAUUAUCAGAAUUUUUAUUUCUGCUUGAGUAUUAUGAGAUGAAUACCUUUGAGUCUGUAAUUUAAAACUAUGGAAUUAACUCUCUUUUUAUUUUGUAAACUGAUUUUUUUUUAUAGAGUAAGUUAUUUUUAUGUAUAUAUCAAGAAUCAGAGCCUGAUUUUUUAAAUUAUUAUGAAAUAUAAGUGUGGAGAUAAAUGUAGAUUAUUUUAUAAUGUAUUGAUUUUAUAUUGUGCAGUGUGUACACAUACAGUUGACUCUUAAUAUCUCGAAAAUCAGCCUGACCAUUGAAAUAUUUCUAUAUACUAGUAGUUUUACAUAUUUGUGGACAUUAGGACUGUCUAUUUGGUUUGAGUAGAAAUACAUAUGUUUAUAUUAGAGAAAGUCUUGUACCACGGGAAUAUUUCUGCUUACCCAAAGAUUUGAGUCAACUGAGUGUAAGACCACAAGAGGUAACGGUAUUUAUGAUAUUGCACUGUGUGUACACAUAGAUUUAAUAUUGGCUUGUGUUUACACAUUAAUGGUAUUGUUUGAUGUGUACACACAGAUUAUAUAUUGUGUUGUGUACACAUACAUGAGAUUGUAUGGUGUGUACACACAGAUUAUAUAUUGUGUUGUGAACACAUACAUGAUAUUGUAUGGUGUGUACACACAGAUUAUAUAUUGUGUUGUGAACACAUACAUGAUAUUGUAUGGUGUGUACACACAGAUAUUCACUGCUGUUUGCAUUAUUAGAUAUAUCUCUGGUUUGAUAAUUGUUUAUCACUUGUAUACUUAACACAGUAAAUGUUUUGAUUGGUAUCAGUAACAGGGCAGAUGUUAUCUAACACUCUGCUGACAUGGGUCUAGUACAGUAUAUGUUUAGUUGCACUGUCUAUUUUCCAGCUUUGUACAUUAAACAAAUACUGUGAGAUGUUUGUAAUUCUUACCAUAAACAUGAUAAAGAAGAGUUAACAUUGGUAUCAUACUUCAUCAAUCUUCCUGUUCUUUUAUAUUUAUUAUUGAUGCAUUUUUGUUACAUAAGAACUAUCUUUAGGAAUUGUCAAUCUUGUGUUUCUCAUUUGUCAUUAAAAAAAAACACUCAUAAUUGGUUUAAACUAACUUACUGUCAAAUGUCUCUUUUUUGUGUAAUUUGGACACACAUCUUUUGGUGUAAUUGGGACACACAUCUUUAUGGUGUAAUUGGGACACACAUCUUUUUGGUGUAAUUGGGACACUCAUAGUUAAGGGGGGAAAAUUUAUGAAUAAAAUAGAAAAUAAAGUUUGUUGUGGAACUGUCGACUUUAUUAUUAUUGAUAGAACUAUAAAGGGUUAUAAAAAAUAACAUUUGUAGGUGUCAUAAUUACAUGGGAAUGCAUGUACAGCUAUUAGAUAUAUGUAACAGUUGUUAUGGAUAAAAUAGAUUAAGGACUUAUUAUGGUGUUGUCUGGCAGCUAAGAUGUUUUAUGUCCAAGUAUUUUGUUUUUGCUGUGAAAAUUGGCGUCAACCACUAUUGCUGUAAUAGGAUUCUUAUUUACUUAUAAAAGUUUACAAAGAUGAAGUAACAUUAUUGAUGACUAAAUCAAUUUAUUGCAUGUGUCCUGAGAGAGGCAGAUAUUAUCUCACCACAAUUAGCAUGAGUUGGAGAAAAAAAACAUUGUAUAUUUGCAUGAUUUAUUUAAUUUCUUUUAUUGUCUCAAACAUAUGUCGCUAUGAUUAUUUGUUUAUUGAUAGAAACAUGUAUUUCUCAAUAUUAUAAUAUUAUGGACAUUAUUUUUUCCAAAGUUUUAUUUUAACAUCAUGUAAAUAGAGACAUUUUAUUUCACCAUUAUAUAAUCAUACAGAUAUUUGUAUAGUUAUACUGUUAUUAAGUUUUCUUCAUCAUGGUAUCAUUUAAUCAAUGAAUGGUCACACUUUAUAUAGACAUUCAUGUCUACCAUAAAAAAUCUCCAAAGAAAUAUGUAUAUUAGGAAGUUUAUUUUGUUCACAUUUCUAGAACAGGAUUUAAAAUAAUAAAAAGGUUACGCAUUAAGUGUUUUGAUAUUGCAAGUUUCUUCUAAGAAAAUGUCUUAAAAUAUGAUGAACUUUUUUCUUAUGUUUGACAACUUAUACAAAAAGAGCUGUAACAGAAACCUAGAAUUGACGUUAUAUUUAGCUACUAUCUAAUAUUAUUUUGUUUUUCUAUGUUAUAACCUAGGGAAGGUGUAUAAGGUUUUACUAUAGAAAAAACGACCCACUUGAUUUUGAAUUUAUAUCUCUGUAGUUACAGUCCUAAUAUGUUGAGUUAGUGAAAUUACUAAUGUAUUCUUACACAACACACUUGGUAAACAGCACUUUUGUACCCAUUUUGUACAGAUUUUAAUCUUGAUUUUACCUUUUUUAAAGUGCUCUAGAUUGACAGAGUGUCAGCAUGUCAUAGCACAGGGCAGGUAACCUGUUAAUAUUAUAACAUGCUCAGAUUGACAGAGUGUCAGCAUGUCAUAGCACAGGGCAGGUAACCUGUUAAUAUUAUAACAUGUCAUAGCACAGGGCAGGUAACCUGUUAAUAUUAUAACAUGCUCAGAUUGACAGAGUGUCAGCAUGUCAUAGCACAGGGCAGGUAACCUGUUAAUAUUAUAACAUGUCAUAGCACAGGGCAGGUAACCUGUUAAUAUUAUAACAUGCUCAGAUUGACAGAGUGUCAGCAUGUCAUAGCACAGGGCAGGUAACCUGUUAAUAUUAUAACAUGCUCAGAUUGACAGAGUGUCAGCAUGUCAUAGCACAGGGCAGGUAACCUGUUAAUAUUAUAACAUGCUCAGAUUGACAGAGUGUCAGCAUGUCAUAGCACAGGGCAGGUAACCUGUUAAUAUUAUAACAUGCUCAGGAGUCUAAAGUGGGUAAUAUUAAGAUGGUUUAUUCUCUGUAAUUCAUCUGAUGUGCUAUGUAAACAUUUCUUAUUAUGUGAGUGAAUAAACAGAUAAUAUCAUGUA